CGACCUUGGCGUCAGUCAAUGGCGUUUAGUUUGGGCUUUGGUAUGUCUGUGCGUGAGUACUAUUCUCCCAUUUGACUUCUUGAGCUCUGUUUGUUUUCUUUUCUCUUUCGUCCCUUAAGCUGCCGCUGCCGCUGCCGCUGCCGCUCUAUCUGCAGUACCACUACCAACACCAACACCAACAGACGAGACGAGACGAGGAGACCUGAUAGUAUCUAUGGGCGACCUCCCCCUCUACAAAGACCCGGCUCAGCCCGUGGAAACCCGCGUCCAGGACCUGCUUUCCCGGAUGUCACUGCGGGAAAAGGCCGCCCAGAUGGCCCAGAUCGAGCGAUCCGUAGCCACUCCCCACUCUCUCAACCGUCUCGCCGUUGGCAGCGUCCUCAGCGCCGGCGGCAGUGCCCCGAGAGAGCAAGCCUCGGCUGCUGAUUGGGCCGACAUGAUUGACGAGAUGCAGAGCUGGGCCGUUUCCUCUCGUCUUGGCAUCCCCAUCAUCUACGGCUCCGACGCUGUCCACGGCCACAACAACCUCUUCGGGGCCACCAUCUUCCCCCACAACGUCGCCCUCGGUGCCACCAGAGAUUCCGAGCUAGCUCGCAAGAUCGGAGUGGCGACUGCUGUCGAAGUGAGGGCGAGCGGCAUCCACUACACCUUUGCCCCCUGUGUUGCGGUUUGCAGGGAUCCUAGAUGGGGAAGAUGCUACGAGUGCUAUAGCGAGGAUCCUGAGAUUGUCCGGAAGAUGACCUCAAUUGUAUCUGGGUUGCAGGGAACGCCACCUGAAGAUCAUCCUGUGGGCUACCCUUUCGUUGCUGGAAGAAAUAGUGUAAUUGCAUGCGCCAAGCAUUUUGUUGGGGAUGGGGGCACGGACAAGGGGAUAAAUGAAGGCAAUGCCAUUUGCACCUUUGAUGAGUUGGAGAGGAUUCACAUAAGCCCUUACUUGAACUGCCUUUCUCAGGGAGUCUCUACUGUCAUGGUAUCAUAUUCCAAAUGGAAUGGCAGCCCCUUGCACGCCAACCGUUUUCUUGUGAAUGAUAUUCUCAAGGGAAAGCUGGGUUUCAAGGGAUUUGUGAUCUCAGAUUGUCAAGGCAUUGAUAGGCUCUCUAAGCCGCAUGGAUCAAAUUAUCGUUAUUGCAUUUCUGCAUCAAUUAAUGCCGGCAUUGACAUGAUAAUGGUGCCUUUCAGAUAUGGACAGUUUGUGGAGGAUUUGAUAUUUUUGGUGGAAACUGGGGAGAUACCCAUGUCCAGGAUCAAUGAUGCUGUUGAGCGAAUCCUGAGGGUAAAGUUUGUUGCUGGAUUAUUUGAGCACCCUUUCUCAGAUCGAUCUCUGCUUCACACAGUUGGUUGCAAGGAACAUCGAGAAUUGGCUCGUGAGGCAGUUCGAAAGUCCCUGGUCCUGUUGAAAAACGGAAAGGAUUCAAAUAGGCCAUUCCUUCCUUUGGACAAAAAGGCCAGAAAAAUUCUUGUUGCGGGAACCCAUGCUGAUGAUAUUGGAUACCAGUGUGGAGGAUGGACCAUAACAUGGCACGGAAACAGUGGAAAAAUAACAACUGGCACAACUAUACUAGAAGCCAUCAAAGAAACAGUAGGAGAGAAUACUGAAGUUAUCUAUGAGGAACGUCCAUCAGCUACAACCUUUGUGGAUCAAGAUUUCACAUUUGGUAUAGUAGUUGUUGGAGAAGUUGCGUAUGCUGAAUUCCUGGGGGACAGAUCAAAUCUUGAUAUUCCUCUAAAUGGUGGAAGUACUAUUAGUCUGGUGGCUAGCAGGGUUCCUACAUUAGUUAUUUUGAUAUCUGGAAGGCCUUUGGUUCUGGAGCCCUAUCUGUUGGAUGAAAUAGAUGCACUGGUUGCUGCUUGGUUGCCUGGAACUGAGGCAAGUGGAAUUACUGAUGUUUUGUUUGGAGAUCAUGAAUUUGAAGGUUUGCUGCCAGUUACAUGGUUCAGAACAGUUGCUCAGUUGCCACUGAAUGCUGGAAAUAACUUGUAUGACCCUUUAUUUCCACUUGGAUUUGGGUUGAAGAUGGGGCUGGACUUACAAACAGAAGAUUAAUCUUUAAUUUUUUUUCGUUC